AUGCUCAAGUGGACAGCCUCAGCGCAGCGACUGAACGAGCUGCCAGUGCGAGCGCCAGCGCCGCAGCAACGUCGACAGCGACGCCAGCGACGCGCGACAAUUGCAAACAAGGAGAAUGUGCCAGAGUUGGGUCACUAUACAUCCACACCCAUGCCCAUGGCGCCGCUGCAGCGACAGCGCAACAGUCCGCUGGUGCUAGCGCCGCUCAGCGAUAUACGCAACGUAACGCCGGAGCCGGCGGUAGCGGCAGGAUCACCACGUCUAGCGGUGGCAAGCAUUAGAUAUGCAGCAACGCUGCCGCGCUAUGAGGUGGAGUACUCACCCACAACGACGCUGCUGGCCAGUGGACAGCAGUUGGCGCUGCGUGGUCUGCUGCCGCUUGAUCCGUUUCUGGAGCAGCCGCGCUACAUGGCGGCUACGCAACGUUUGCGGCAGCGCAAGCUCGAAGCCGAUCUCUUGGCGGAAACGCCGCCGCUAGUAAAGCCGCCGCCGCCAGCGCCACGGCCAGUGACACCGCAGCCUUCAACUAAAAUGGGCGAUCAAACGCUGGACAAGCUUAUUGAUGCCAUACUCGACUCUGCCUGCAAAGCGGAGCCCAGCAACAAGAAGAAGCCGCGCAAGUCCUUCAAUCUGCGUCGCCGCACGCUCGUCAAGCAGCAGCUGGAGUCCCAAACUGCAGCGGCGGCGCUAGUGCUGUCGCCCUCGUAUACGCCAGCGGAUGAUCCGGCCAGCGAUUUGAGCUUUGGUCUGCAUCCGCUGCCGCCAACGCCGGAGCCAGCAACGCCCGCUAGCAAAUUGCGCCACAGUCAGCUCGUUCAGCUGCCAACGCCAGCACCAGCGCCAGCGCCAGCUACGUCCAGUCACUCCGAUACCUUCUGCCUGGAAACGCCAGUGCGUCCGCUCAAGCGCAGUCGGACGCAGCCCGCAGUUAGCGUCGAGUCGCCGCUGAAGCGCUUCAAAGUCGAUGCGCGCAACUAUUUCGAGGUGGGCCUAGCACUGCCCUCCAGCAUCUACGUCUAA